CGAAUCAAAUCCGCUCAUCUCAUUUUCCCUUAACGAGUUCAUUAGGUUUGCGUCGCUCGUUCCAGGCCCCGCGACGGCGGACCCGAUUCGUACCCUCUCCGAUCCCAACGGUUUGCCUACCGAUAGGUCCGAUACCGACUGACGAACAACGAAGGGCUCGCUGUUUCUUUGCGUUCCGCUCUCCGUCUAGGGAUCCUUUGUGCCACCGCCCGAUCGCCCAAAUCCUCCAUCCGAUGGCCGCCGAGGCCGAUUUGGCCAGAGGAGCGCUCUGGGUGCUGCUGUUGCUCCUCCUUGUCGUCGCCCUCGCGCCCUCGCCUGCGCUGGCGCGGCCCGACAAGGAGACGAGGGAGAAGUUCUACGGUGACCUUGUGAGGAGCAAGGUUCGGAAUAACACAGGCGAUGGGAGCAUCGCGGAUAUGUUCGAUCGCGUCCUCGAGAAGGAGUUCUCUGAAAACGACACACCUGAAGGUCAUGAUCAAAGUAACUUCAACAACUCUGUGGCAGAUCAUCAAGCUGUUUUGGAGACUGUUGCUAUAAUUACUCAUGACAAGUCAAAGAAGAAUGAUAGUCAUGAACAAAAUUCAACAACUAAAUUCCAAAUUGGGGAUGUUUUUAAUCUGGAAAAUGAAGGUUCUGAUGACAUGACAACUCUGAUAGAUAGCAAGGAUAAUGUGUUUGUAAUGUCUAAUCGUAAAACAAAAUAUCCAGUACUUCAAGUAGAUUUAAGAUUAAUUUCAGAUCUAGUGGUUGUGAUAGUUUCAGCCACCAUUGGUGGCAUUAUGUUUUCCUUCCUAGGACAACCAGUCAUUGUUGGCUAUCUUCUUGCUGGAUCUCUCAUUGGGCCAGGUGGUCUGAGAUUUAUUAGUGAAAUUGUUCAGGUUGAGACUUUUGCUCAGUUUGGCGUUGUCUUUCUCCUUUUUGCACUGGGUCUUGAGUUUUCCUCUGCAAAGCUUAAGGCAGUUGGUCCUGUUGCUAUUCUAGGAGGUCUACUUCAAAUAAUUAUUUUCAUGUUCUUAUGUGGCCUAACUGCGAUGCUCUGUGGUGGAAAAUCAUCCGAGGGCAUAUUUGUUGGUUCAUUCUUAUCAAUGUCAUCCACAGCUGUGGUAUCAAAGUUUUUGGUGGAAAAAAAUAUCACAAGUUCCCUUCAUGGACAAGUAACAAUUGGGACCCUCAUUCUUCAGGAUUGUGCAGUUGGCCUUUUAUUUGCUCUACUACCUGUUUUGGGUGGAAAUAGUGGCCUUUUCCAUGGAAUUAUGUCAAUGACAAAGUCGUUAACGGUGUUGGCAGUGUUCAUUAUUGUUGCUUCUCUAUUAUCGUGGUCAUUUGUUCCUCGCUUCCUGAAGCUUAUGAUUCAGUUGUCAUCUCAAACUAAUGAGCUCUACCAGUUGGCCUCUGUAGCUUUCUGCUUAUUGUUGGCUUGGGUUAGUGAUUAUUUAGGUCUAAGUCUUGAGUUAGGGUCAUUUGUUGCUGGUGUUAUGAUAUCUACGACGGAUUAUGCUCAUCAUACCCUAGAACAGGUGGAACCAAUCCGGAAUCUAUUUGCUGCACUUUUCCUUGCUUGCAUUGGCAUGCUCAUACAUGUUCAGUUCCUCUGGCACCAUGUUGAUAUAUUGUUAGCAUCAGUUAUUCUGGUUGUGAUAGUUAAGACAGUUGUGGCAACUGUUGUAGUGAAAGCCUUUGGAUACGGCAUCAGGACAGCAUUUCUUGUGAGUUUGUCAUUAGCUCAAAUUGGGGAAUUCGCAUUUGUUCUGUUAAGUCGAGCUUCAAAUCUUCAUCUAAUUGAGGGGAAAAUGUACCUAUUACUUUUAGGAACAACAGCACUUAGCUUGGUGAGGUUUUUGUAUUUCUGUUUAUUCAACUAUUACCUUCUUUUUUCUGUUUUAAUUGUUCCAAAGUUGAACUUAUUCCUCCCGGAGCAGGUAACAACUCCCCUAAUGUUCAAGCUAAUUCCUGUUAUAAUCCACCUUGGCAAUCUCAUGCGAUGGUUUUCAUCGGAGGCUAGUAUCCAGAAUGAGGAUAAAACUAUCAUACAUGAAGCUUAUGACAGGUCGUUGUAGCAUCCAAAUUCUUAGAUCCCUCUGCUCAGUUGCGCAGCUAUUGUCGGUGGUUUAGUGGUGAAAUUGGCAGUGCCAACUAAUGCAGCAGAAUACCUAAACAAAUCUGGGCGGUAUACUUUGUUACUUAGAAUCCCUAUACAAAUCUGGGCGGUACACUUUAUAACUUAGAGUUAGGCUUCACAUAUUCUUGUGUGUAUGUAUAUAUACAUCUUAGUGAAUGAUGAAGAUGAGCCUGGUGAAAUGGUCGUAUUUAGCUAGAAAGGAUUUUUUUUUUUUUUGAAAAUUCCCUUCAUUUUGGGGCAAUCUUUAUGAUCAUGGCUGAUGUGACAUUGUUAUCUCACCUGUUCUUUUAUGUUCGUUCUUUUUGUUGCUAUUA